CUGGCACCUGUGAGAACCUAAAAUGAAUAGUCGGAUUUGAAACCAAGACUUCUGGACAUUGUUCAGCUUGCCAUCAGGUGUGAGGAUUAGAUAUAACUGCAAUGAGGUAAACUAAGCUGAUCGAUCACGAUGGAUCACACAAGCUGUCUUAGAAGUCAAAACAGAGGCCCAUGCAACUUUAAUGGCAAACCAUGAGAAGUGUCUACCUUAUACUGAUGGUGACGGUCACUCAAGUUAAGCUCACAUUACUCUGCCCUUCUACCUGUGUGGUUUGUUCUGAAGAUGUCAUCAUCUGCCAUAAGCUCUUAAAGAUCAUUGAUGCACCAGACACAACAAGGGCUUUGAUGCUUACUGAUGGACUCAUCAACUCUGUGGACAACAUUGUCCUCUCUGAUUUAUCCAACAUGAGUGUAUUGGCACUCAGCAACAAUGCCAUUUCCACCAUCAUGGAGAAUGCUUUUCGGAACCUCACAUUCCUCACAACACUUUCUUUGGACCACAACCACAUCUCCAGCCAAUCCCUGGACAACUCCACGUUCUCACAGUUGCAGAGACUGGAGACUCUUGAGCUGGGUAACAAAGAUCUAAAGUACAUUGACGGCUCCUGGUUCCAGAACUCCAGAGCUUUAAAAACCCUUCAGUUAGAAGGGAACCUCCUCACCAGCCUCAACUCCAGCAUCUUUAACCAGUCUGACUUGAGGAACCUGGAAACUUUGGAUUUAUCAGAUAACCUGAUAAUGUACGUGGAUCGGAAUAGCUUCCAAGGGUUACCUCGUCUCCGCAGCCUCGAUCUGUCCAGAAACUACUUACGAAAUUCCCCGGAUGCAUUCUCCUAUUUGUCAUGGCUCUCAAUGCUGAACCUUGAUUUGAACCACUGGAGCUGCACUUGUGAGUUGAGAGAACUCGCCUCUUUCCUCAACAGCUACAUUCAGGCUACAGACAAAGUGUUGUACAAUGGGCAGUGGAUGGUGUGUGUGAAUACAGAUAACCCCGCAGUGCAGACCGUGCUAGAGCUGACUGAGGCUAACUGUGUCCCACCAAACCAAAACGUUACGGUGAAGGUCGUAGCUAAAUGCAAUAUCAGUCCUCAGCAAUAUGUUCAAAAUGUUGCUAUUGCUAUUGUGUUUUCAUUUUUGGGUGGUGUUUGUGUUACUCUGGGAAUAAUUGCCAUAGUUUACCACAAACUCAGUAAGAAAUCCACACUGGUGCAGGAGGAAAAUAAGGCUGAGGAAGGGGAAAUGUCCAGCCCAGAGUUAACCCAAUGGAAUUUUUCUGAAGGCAAAGACACUCUAUCUAUGAGCCACGCUCUGUACAACAGAAACUACAAAUCCCAUCAGCCCCAGGACGGAGAAGACUCCACUUAUCGUAUGGGUCCAGAACCACUGGAGGAUCUUUUCACCUGUCACAAAUGCAGCUCAACAGCUCUAGCCAUCAGAAAGCAAAGAAGAGAGAUUGUCCUGCAGAGAACCAAUCACAUGGGGGAACAACAUGAGAGAGAUGAUGAUUGGCCAGCCUGUGUGGCUAGUCGCCAAUGUAAAGGCAAUGAUCGACAUUCUGUGUUGCAACAAAGGAUCAAAGACAAAAGUAUACAAAGGCACAUCGAGAGGCGGCCUGGAAUUCCGAGCAGCCACAAUUUGGGCAGUCAGGAUACUUCUUCCCAACGUCGUGGGGGUUCAAACGACAUCUCAGCUGUCCGAAUACAACAGCUGGCCCUAAAUAAUCAUUUCCCAGCCCAUCAGAGAGGCCCAUUUAGACCCACAGACCAAAUACACAAUAACUCGCUCAUAAAACGGCAGGCUCUGGACGUUGGCCCUCAGCCAGUUUACAGAACCACCAGCUGUCUGCACUGUCAUCAGACUUACGAAUAUAAUCAAGCUGGGAGCAAUAACCAGAGCUUUCCAUUUGAAAAUCACUCUGAGAACAGACAUCAACAUGGAGAAAAACUGUACAACGCGAUGCUAUACAGAGACAUAUUGGGAUAUAACUCCAACGUUGGGGAAUGUGGUGAGAGUCAAGCCAGUGAGCUUGGUUUCAAGUUAGCCUCUCAAAGGAGUGUUACCUUUGAUCUGUCAGGAUCUGAGGAACGUGUCCUCACCACACCAGCUGACAGACCCAAAGGGGAGAGUAGGAGAAAAAGCUCUAAAACAUCUGUGAAGAAGAGAGACCGAAAAUCGGUUAAGACUAAAAGCAGCACGCAUGGGCAUUUAAAACCCCACAAAUCCAGAACACAAGCCAAGAAGAUGCUGAAGGUCAAAUUAAACUUGAACCCUCUUCGAAAAAACAGGGUUCAUCCCAAGUCUGGUGGUCAGGAAGAGAACGGGGAAGAUGAGAUGAUGUUCAAAAAGGCCAAGAAGGAAAAACUGAGAGGUAAAAAAGAUCUCAAGCAAAAAUCCAAAAAUGAGAAACCCAUCAAGAAAUCCAAGAAGAACACCGAUGGCCCAGAAGAUGAAGAGGAAGAAGAUGCUGUGGACCAGGAUACAUCAACCUCAACGAAGCAUGCUAAACAAGCAAAACACUCUAAGAAAAAAAACAAGAUUUCAAGGUCUAAUUCUAAGGAUAUUGAUGAUGUUGCAAAAGAAAGUUUACAUAAUGUAGAUAAUUCAGAAAAUGUUGUUCCUGUUGAAGGGGAAACUUUACUAACUGACAGUUUGUUAGAGAGUCUGGUCAGCAGUACCCUACAGAGCUCAAUGCAACUAACCCUCAACACUGCAGAUGUAACCAACACUCAGCAGCUAAAUAAUCCAGAUUUGACACUUUCUGUUAGUGCCUUGGAUGAAUCCACCACUCCACAGGACACGGUUGAUCAGACCAGCAGCUUGGAUCUGAGUUCUGCUGCACCUGUUAUCCAAGAAUACGUCUCUUCAGCUGAAGGGUCACCAAAGAGAAAGAUAAGACUCAUUCUACCUGAAAAAACGUCCAAUAGGCCUCCAACAGCCCUGGAUAAGAAAAUCAGAUGA